CCAAAGCAAUGAUGUAGUCAUGGCCACGGUUAGGAAUAUAUAUUUUUUGCCAAAAGUGCUGUGUUUAAAGUGCGAGCUAUUAAUUUGCCUAGGAGAACUUUGAGCCAGUUGACGCAUAAACAGUUUAAAAGUGCUCUAGGUUGUGGAAGUGUAACUAAAUUCGUAGGGUUAUAUAAUUAUUCGACGGGUAAACGUCCCUCUUCAGUUGGCCUUGCAGACGAACUUUUGGCCGCUAAAGUUCAACCAGACCCCAAAGACAAAUCAAAAGGUGCAGAAGAUGCCGAACCAGAUAGUGAAAAGGACAAAGAAGAAAAAGAAAAAGUUAAGCGAACAUUAAAGUGGACGUUUAUAAGUUUCGGUGUAAUGAUCACUGGCAUGGGAAGCUUCUUGUUAUGGUCAUGUGGGUCACCUGAAGUUGGUCCUGAUGGAAAGCCAAUAGUUGAUGAGUUUUCAGAAAUGCCAGUUAUACAACAGUACCUCUUGCGUACUUGGAAAGGAAUGAAUGACAUGAACAGGAUGAUUCAAGAACCAUCACGUGAUAAAUUGCUUCCAGAUCCUGUUAAACCCCCCUACAUCCAACCUCCGUACACUUUGGUUCUUGAAUUAAGGGAUGUUUUGGUUCACCCUGAAUGGACUUAUGAAACAGGAUGGCGGUUCAAGAAACGGCCUGGUGUUGACUUUCUGUUGCAUCAUUGUGGACCACCGCUUUUUGAAGUUGUGAUAUAUACUAAUGAACAAGGAUUUACUGCUUUCCCAAUCAUUGAUCAUCUCGAUCCCAAUGGCCUCAUUUGGUAUCGACUUUACAAGGAUACAACUAGAUACGUAAAUGGCAAGCAUGUUAAAGAUCUUAGCUGCCUCAAUCGUGAUCUUGAAAAGGUAAUAUGUAUUGACUGGGAUGCAGAUGCAGUUUCAAGUCCUCGUAACCAUUUGAAACUGAAGAGAUGGGAUGGCAAUAUGAAUGACCAGUCUCUUGUUGAACUUGGAUUAAUGCUUAGAACAAUUGCAGAAUCUGAAGUGAGUGAUGUCAGAGAGGUAAUUGAUUAUUACCGCACAUUUGAUGACCCCUUAGCUGCAUUCCGGGAAAACCAGCGUCUUGCACAAGAACAAGAACUAGCAGUUAAACAAAGGGUUGAAGAAGAACAUCAGCAGAAAAAAUUCACUAGCUCUAUCAUUUCAUCAUUUUUCCGAAGAAGCUAAAGCCAUUUCAGUGUCUCACAUGUCAAAAACAGGAUGUCUUGUAAUUCUGUAUAAUGUUUGUUGUGGCAGCUUGCUAAGCUUGGUCUAAGUUUGAAAGGAACUUACUAGAAGUUUUAUGUAAUUUUUUCUUAUUCAGGUCAUUGAUCAUCUUUUCCUGUUUUUGGAAUUAAUCUUGCAGAACUUUUUCUAGGUAUACAUAUACCAUAAUGCAUCUUGCUUGUUACUU